AGUGCCUCACCACCACCACUUUUCCUCUCCACACCGGCCAUCGAACCAACAGGAACGAGACUCAGUUUUCGGUUUCUGAUUCUUUCUGGAAAUUUUCUAAACCAAUACUUUCAAAAAAAGUGAAACGUGUUAUACGCCGUGCUGGGAAAAAUUGUAGUGAAUUGUAUAAGAGGAAAGUAGAGGAAAAGUGACCAAUUAAACGCCCACUCCUACUCUUUCUUUCACCAAGAAAAAGGGGUGGAAUUAGAAAUAGCAGAAAAAUGUCCGUUAUCGGGAUUGACUUUGGUAACGAGUCCUGCUUCGUCGCCGUCGCGAGGGCUGGUGGAAUCGAAACUGUAGACAAUGAUUACAGUUUGAGAGCUACGGCGUCGACGGUGGCGUUUGGCGAGAAGAAUCGUAUUCUCGGUGUGGCGGCGAAAAAUCAGUUUGUGACGAAUAUCAAAAAUACGAUUUGGGGUUUUAAACGUUUCUUGGGACGUCGUUUUGAUGAUCCGUACGUGCAAGAGGAACUCAAACGGAUGCCUUUCAAGGUCGUGGCACACCCUCAGAGUGGCGGGGUCGCAGUGCAGGUUAGGUAUUUGGGCGAGGAACACGUUUUCUCCAUGGAACAAAUCGCCGCCAUGCUGUUCACCAAGCUGAAGGAGACGACGGAGGCAGGCUUGAAGACCAAGAUUAGCGACUGUGUCUUUUCGGUGCCAUCCUUCUUCACGGAUGUGGAACGCCGGGCAUUGGUCGCUGCUGCGCAAAUGGCAGGAUUUAACGUGCUUCGACUACUGAAUGAGACGGUGGCGACGUCCCUAACGUACGGGAUUUACAAGCAGGACCUCCCGGAGGAGGCGGAUAAGCCAAGAAAUGUCGUCUUCGUGGAUUGUGGCCACUCCUCCUUGCAAGUCUGGACUUGUGCCUUUAACAAGGGAAAAUUGAAGAUCUUGGCCUCUACCGCGGAUCCAUUUUUGGGCGGUCGUGACUUUGAUAAGGUUCUCGCUGACCAUUUCUGCGCCGAGUUUCGCGUCAAGUAUAAGAUUGACCCCGAAACGAACCAUCGCGCCUACGUCCGCCUUCUCACGGAAAUUGAAAAGAUCAAGAAGCAAAUGUCAGCCAACGCGACAAAGCUCCCCUUGAACAUUGAGUGCUUGAUGGACGACAAGGACGUGACGAGCCACAUGUGUCGGGCCGACUUUGAAGCAAUGAGCAGCAAUUUGCUGCAGAGGGUGGAGAAAACGAUGGUGGAUUGUCUCCGGUCUUCGAAUCUCCAGCCGAGUGACAUCUACGCUGUGGAAAUUGUGGGUGGAUCAUCUCGCAUUCCGUCGAUCAAGGCUCUGAUUGAAAAAACCUUUGGCAAGGCGCCCUCGACGACGUUGAACCAGGACGAGGCUGUUGCACGAGGUUGUGCCCUACAAUGCGCCAUCCUUUCGCCUGCAUACAAAAUUCGAGACUUUAAAAUCUCGGACGUUCAAAUGUAUCCGAUAAAAAUUGUGUGGGACGAGAGUUUGCAGGAAGACGGAAUGCUGGAAGUGUUCCCACUGUACCAUCCCGUGCCCUUCUCACGCCUCUUGACUUUCUAUAAAAAGGACGGUUUCAAGUUUAAGGCCAUGUACUCGGGUGAUGUGCCCUACCCUCAGAAGGAAAUCGCCGAAUAUUGCAUCAAGCAUAUCGAAUCGCCUGAUGAGGACCCUGUCAAACUGAAAGUCAAGGCCAGGAUCAGCUUGGACGGGAUUUUCAGUAUCAAAGCAAUCACGGCUUAUUUGAAGAGUGCCGAUGAAAUGAUGGAGACUGAGACCUCCCAAGAAGCUGGGAACAAUGGGGAAACGAUGCAAGAACAACCACCCGUCGCUUCCCCGUUGGAAGGAGCAGCCACGAAGCAACAGGAUACCGAAAUGGAGGCUGAAACACCAAUGAGCCAGGACGACGUAGAGGCACCUGUGGAUAAGAAAAAGUCCCACAAAGUUAUCGAACUUCCAUUCGAGCAAAACUCUUACGGCUAUGCGCCCUACGACAUUCAACUUAUGACUGAAACCGAGGGUAAAAUGAUGGCUGAAGAUAGGAGGGAGAAGGAGCGAAUCGAUGCCAAGAACGGUCUCGAAGAGUACGUUUACCUCCUGAGAGACAAGCUGGAUACUGAUUUGACUCAAUUUGUUGAGGAGCGCGACAAGUCUAAACUGUCCGAGGAGCUCAGCUUUCUGGAAAAUUGGCUCUACGAAGAAGGCAGCGAUGAAAAGCGACAAGUUUACCAAGAUCGCUUGGAAAAGCUGAAGAAAACUACGGACCCCAUCUUCGAACGUCACCGCGACCACCAUGAGCGUCCUUCUGCGAUCCGUGAGCUCGAAGUGUCGAUCCAACUAGCCCGCAAAAUCGUCGACAUGAAGUUUGCCAACGAAGCUCGCUAUGAACACUUGGACGCUGCUGACGUAGACAAAUUGAAAAAUGCCAUUCAAGAGAGUCAACAGUGGCUGGACCACACGAGGGACAUUCUCCUUAGCGUCAAACCCAAUAUGACCUCGCCCAUCAACGCGAUGGAAAUCAUCGUGCACCGCAAGUCCUUCGAGAGCGUGGUUCACCCCAUCAUGAACAAGCCCAAGCCGAAACCACCCACUCCGAAGAAGGAGCAAGGAGCUCCUCCUCCCACAGAGAACAGCGCUGCUGGAACGGGUAGCGAGAAUGGCGGCGAGGGUGCUGGCGAGGAUCUAAAUGCUGCAGGAAAAAAUCCUCCCACAAACGACGAGCAACAACAACCUAAAGAAAUGGAUCUUGAAUAACCCUAAUCAACCCUAAUCUUUAAAAAAUUACUAGGCAAUUAAUAUAAUUGAGUAUUGAUGAUGAAAUUGGAUAUAAUCUUGAAAGAACAAAAUCAAUAGCUUACUAAUUAAUAAUUUUAAAUCAUGUAAUGAUUGGUGAUGUGUGUCCGUUGAAAGUAAAUGCAUAAGCGAAUAAUUUUGUGAGCAAGGAAUUGUAAUACCUAAUUAAAGUAAAUAAUGAUAAUUAAUUAACGGUGGCUGGGUUUACAUUGGCGUUGUCUGAAUAAUUGUAUAAUGAUGGCACAUUGUAAUCAUGAGAGUCGGGGUCGGUAGAUUAACGAAUGAAAAUAUUAAUCAGGAGAGGCAGAUAAAAUAUUUUGCACUCCAGAAUUUAAAAAAUGUCCCUUUUCGGACGAAUGAUUUUUGUACUUCUUUGGAAAAAUAAUUGGCAAGUUCACUCAAAUUAAUUGCUAAAUUAAUUGGUAAUAAUAUAUCUUGUCAUCUAGUUAAUAUAUUGCGCCUAUUCAUGUCUAUAGUUGUGUUCCGAAGUUCACGAACUAAAAGUGCAUCGUUUGGAAGCAACAAAUUGUUAAAUUUGCAAAUGUCGAGGUGAGUAAGUAGUGCUUAUGUUAAAAUAAUCGUCAUAAAUAAAAUAAAAUAAAACUGUAACGUAGGUAAAUGAUCACUUUAACUGUUACGUGAUAAUGGAUCUUGUUAUGGUGGAUGAUAUGUGCAUAAAAUAUUGUGGAAACGAAUCCCGUCGCCAUGCUUUAAAGAAAUUGAUAACUUAUACAUACGUCUAUUGUGAACUUGGUGAUUAAUUAGUGGCGCAACGUAAAUUAAUUAGUCAAUUAAUAACCAUACUUAUCCUGCUUAAACCCACUCUUUAUUUUUCAAUUCUUUACUAUCCUGUGUUAUUAUGCUCAGUAGAAGAGUGUUUUUAGUUGUAGAAUUUAACUUGAUUUGUGUUUUCAUACAUUUCAUAAACUUGUGAAUCUUUUCAAUAAAAGUGAAACAACCACUAA